ACGUACGAUACAAAAAAAAAUUACAACUAAAAGUCCAGGGAAAUUUGCCAAAAAAUAUAUGAGUAAUAUACAACGAAUAAGAGAUAAUACUUUUAACAGAAGGAAAAGAUUAUUCUCGUCAGGUAUAAAGCGACCAAAAACGAAAUUUUCGUCGAGUGCUGCUGACAAUAAUUAUGGGUUAGCCGAGCCAUUGCUUGAUGUAAUAGAUGAUGAAGAACUAAUAAAAAAAAAAGAUAUAUUUCUCGAAAAAUUAUAUAAAGUAGACAAAGACCAACUAGAAUAUUUGACGAGAGAACAAAACCACAGUCAAAAAUGGUUUAGUGAGCGAAAGAAGAGACUUACAGCUUCAAAAUUUGGCGAUGUAUGCAGAAUGAGAAUAAACACAAGCUGCAAGGUCAAAGUUCAUAACAUGUUAUACAAGUCAUCGAUAACAAGUAAAGAAAUGACACACGGCGUUGAAAAUGAAUCUUUGGCGAGAACACGGUUUCAGGACUUGACAGGAAUGACCGUAAAAUUAUGUGGACUUUUUACGGACAAUGAAUAUCCAUAUCUAGCUGCAAGUCCAGACGGAUUAAUUGAUGACAACGCGAUUGUUGAAAUUAAAUGUCCGUAUACGGCGAGAGACACAAAUAAUGCAAAAGAAGCAAUUGAAAGUAAACUUUUGCAAUACUGUAUUAUAAAUAAAGACGGAACCAUUAAAUUAAAAAAAGAGCAUCCGUACUUUUAUCAAAUAAUUGGUCAGUUACGGAUAACCGGGAGGAAUAUUUGUUUUUUUGUAGUUCAUACAAACAACUGGACACAUAUAGAAAAAAUUAUUUAUGAUUGUCAAUUUUGGGAAACUAAAAUGGUUAAUAAACUUAAAAAGUUUUAUUUGGAAUGUAUUUUGCCAGAAAUAGUUGACCCAUUGUACGGAAGGCGGUUACAAAUAGCAGACAUACGAGAACCAUUCCAUAUAUUAAAAGCACAGGAAGAAAAAAAUAAAACAAAACGUUAUUUG